UUGUAAUUUUGUAUAUAGUUAUUAUUUGUUUAGCUGUUUUUACUGUUUUUACUAGUUUUUCAAUUUUAUUGUGUUCAUUGUUUUUACAUUUGUAAAAAUGCCGAUACCCAAGAAAAAUUGUUCCAUCGUUUGGAAACAUUUUAAAAAGGAUCCCAAUAAUCCAGGAGUUGCUAUUUGCACAAUUUGUAAAAAUACUUACAAAAGGUCUAAUGGUACAACAAAUUUAAUGGAUCACCUGAAAAGGAAACAUUUUACCAUCUUAAACCAAGAUAUCAUUCGUAAUGAAAAUAACGAGGAGAGCGAUGAUGAUAUAAAUACAGCUGGAACAUCAGCGGGUGGAAUUCAAGAUGGAUCUACUAGCACUUUGAUCCCUAGUAGCAACAGGAAUUCUAUUGUUAGUGUCGAACCAUUGCCCAAGAGACAAAAACAGCUUUUGCUAUCCAAUAGGUUUCAUUAUCCAACUGGGUUGGAAAAAGCUAAUAUUAGCUUGGAUGCAAUUAUUCAUUAAGAUAAUGUUUUGGCGUAAAACUUUUUUUCUGCCAUA